AUGGAAAUCUACAAAACGCUGAAGAGGCAAAUCUCUGCGGUAACAAAUAAUGAGGGACAAUCAACAUCGGGUGCUAAAUAUGGUGGAGGAUCGGGGAAAACGUGGAUUCAUCCACCAGAUGUGCUAUUGAAUGGCCGAGUCGAGUACACGGUGAGAUUGUUGGGAUCACGUGAAGUGGCGAAAGCAAAAGGAACCGAUACGAUUCGAGAUGCAAUUCAUGCUAUUCGAUUUCAGAAACAGGUGAAAGAGUCAGAGACGGGUUACUCACAACGACAGAAAUUGCAACGAGUCGAUCUACAGAUUAACGUCGAAGGUGUAACUGUGGUGGAUUCGAAAACAAAAAUGGUGCUUUAUCGCUAUCCGCUACAGAGAAUCUCAUUUUGUGCUGAUGAUAAACAGGAUAAACGAGUGUUCUCAUUUAUUGCCAAAGCCGAGGAAAGCAAUCGUCACGAUUGUUUCGUCUUCAUGGCGGAAAAAGUCGCUGAACAAAUCACUCUCACUGUUGGAGAAGCUUUCGAUCUUGCUUAUAAGAACUUCAUGGACAAAAAUCGAGUCACUCUUCAAAAUCAAAAACAAGUUCUUUUGUUGAAGAAAAGAAUCAUCGAUCUGGAAGAAGAAAAUCAAGCUUUGACUCGUCUUGUUGAAUCUUAUCGCGCACAGAACAACACACUGCAGGCAAACAAUCCAUUGAUCGGAACACCGGCUUUGCCCACUUCUCCAAUGCCUCCCACUCCUCCACAACUUCCACCCCGUACACUUCCAUCAUUACAAAAUGGAGUGAAUAGCAAUGAAUACGUUAUCUCACCAUCCACUCAUGGAGCUUCUGCUUCAUUAGGAGUUUACACAAAGCCAACAACUCGAAAUCAAGUGUCAUUGCUAGAGAUUGAACCUUGCUCUCCAACAGGAUCUCUAUCAUCACCUUCCGGAUCAACGGCAGCUCCUCCACAACCACAAUCACAACCAUUAGGCGCUCCACCGGCUUUCAUCGCUCCUCCACCUCCAAUUGUUCCUCGACGCAAGGAUCUACCCACGUCAAGCAAUGUUCCCGAGAUUGGCCGUCGUCUUGAGGGACUUCAACUCAACAAUGUCGAAAAUGUUUUCGAUGACAAUUUUAAUCCAAGAGCUACAGAAAAGCAAAAAUCAAAAGAAGAUGGGCCAUUCGGUGACGAUUUUCUGGCGGAAUGUCUAGCGAAAGGGGCAGAAGGAGAGAAACAAACGGCUGAAGAUAUUGAGAAGAUGAUCUCUCAAGUCGACAAAAAGCUUGCUGAGAUGAGUGUCGGUUUUUCGAGUGGAAAUCUCGAGGUUGGAGACACGGGAGAAUCAUUGGGAGAUAUCGAUUUGGAGAGUGAAUACUCGGCACCGCUUGGUCAUCUACAGAAGCCUCAGAAGGAUAAUGACAAACAA